UUCACAACUUAAACUUGGCACUAUUAUACCCCAUGCGCACCUGUGAAUUUUUAAUCGCUAGAGCUUCUUUUUAUCCGUUAUUGUCGUUUCGUAUCUCAAAUUAUAUCUUGAAAUGUUUUAACAUUGCUUUGUGGUACAAAUAUGGCUGUGGAGUUGUUUAUAUUUGCUCUGAUUGCUACAAAUAUUCGAGUAGCACAGCUAAGCACUCCCACUGAAGCACCUGUUCUUGAGAUCACUUACGAGGACUAUGACCUGAGUUUGAACACUUUCUCUCUGGUUGAGGGACCGGGCGAGAGCGAGACUUUCGACCUGGGCGAAUUCGCUGUCAUGAAGUUCGAAUUCCAGACCAGAGCUGACAUACAGGACACUUUGACGAUGGAGUUCAGUGGGUUCUAUAAUGGAUACAGUGCUCUCAUUAUUUGCGGGGAGCCAAUGAUUGAGGCGGUGUCGGAUUACGAACUCACUUUUGCGACACUUGACGACAUCGCUCCUCAUGUGGACACUAUGUAUUUGGACCUUGGGUCGAUCGACUGGCCAGCAGGCACUGUGUUCUCCAUCACUUUCAACAUCUUGUUGAUCAGCCACAAGGACUAUGUGGAGGGGGACAUCUACUGGUUCGCAGCAGCCAUGCAGUACAACCAUGAGGGCGCAGACUGGGUGUCAGACAUCGCAUUCGAACUGGGACCCUUGCCAGCGAUGAGUCCGUCGGCUGCUAUGUCAAUUGUGGAGGACAGUGAGAUGAGUCUUCUGUUCCACUCGGGAGGAAGUGGCAGGGCACAGGUCAAGGUCAUCGACCCAUUCUUCGAAGUGCAGAAUUUCCACUUCAAGGUUAGGGUCGAUGAGUCACACCCCCAGUACAACCAGAUCUGUCUGUGUGGUCUGUCUGUGAUCCAAGCCUCCCCGUCGUUCCUCGGCUGCACCGCCGACGCCUCCCUGCCCCCAGCGGCUGUCCUGAUGGACCCUUCUUUCAACGACACCCAGUGCAAAAAGCAGAUUAGUCUCGAGUUCGGAGACCUCAAGAAGAUCGGAAUCACUUGUUGACUUUGCGAGUGUGGGCUUCGAAGUGACCGGUGGGGGAGUGAAUCCAGUCGUGGGUUCCAGUAUGGCCGCCUAUGGCCACAUGGUCCCUAUGGCAACAUCCCUCAAUGCAUUCUCAGCAUCCAUCUCCCUCCAGUAUCCCAAGUCGGAAUUGGUUGACCUCAAGCCCAAACUGGUCAUGGAAGAGAGGGGCUCUUGCUGCGCACCUGACUUAGUGACCUUUACCAUUCAGGAGGUGGAUUUUCGGACCAACAAAGCCACCGCCACCUUCACCCCCCUCAGUUUCCUAUAUGGGGGCGAGAGCAGGGUGAGAAUAGCAAUCACAGGCACUGUAGCACGUCCGUUUAGCUCUGAGAAGUUCCGAGUGAAUCUAUUUGUGGAAGGGGACACCUGUAAUGCUUGUGAUGCUACUGCAUACUUCACAACUGAAGACUCUUUCAUUUAUGACCCGACAUACUUUCCAGAGGUGCAUUUCGGAACCCUAGACAGACUCCGCGGACUGUACUUGGCCGAUACUGAGAUCUACCAGUCGGGGUCCGGCUCAUUCGACAUGGUCGCAACUUUUCCUGAAGAUGCUCCGGCGCACGAGUUGACAGGGUUCCAAGUUGGAUUCGUUCUGGACUCCGCUUCGAGUGUGGCUCGACACAUGCAUCUGGCCAGAGCCUAUUUGACUCAUGUGGGGGAUAACUUUCCAAUGUUACAGGACUUACGAGACUCGGUUCAAGUGGAAUACAUUAUUGAGACAGUACCCGACCACCUUCCGUUCACCAUCUCCUCCCUCUCAUUCAAACUGCCCUUGAGUUUCACCUACCUGCCCCUGAACAGACUGGAUGUGAUGGACAGACGCCUCGUCUUCUCCAUCUCCUUCUUCCUACCCUCAUCCCCACUUCUCAACUACUUCUGGAAGGAGACUAUUUUGGGUCACGUGUCGAUGGAGGAGUUCCGGGAGGAUGUGGUGGCCUCGGCUGUGUCGGCCGUGUUAGACCUCGCAAUGCAAGACGUCAAAAAUUACUCUGGCGGAAAUCAGGAUACGUUAACCACUCCACUAAAUGGAGCCAUCUUCCGAGCCUCUUCUUGGCCAGUUGACGAUCUGAUUGAGACGACUGCCAGCCCACUCACAUACGAGACGAAAUUCACAGUAGCCGAAGAGAAAGUAAUCGUAUUUCACGCUUUCGUAACUCCUGCUACACAUUUCAAUGAAUACGCGCUUCGGAUAUCCAUAAAUGAUCAAGAGACAGGUCCUAAAGGAACAGGAAGCCCCCCUUCGUUUGAAAUUGAGGGGAGUUGGAAGAUAGCGGACCAUUACGUGGACAGCGGGCCUAAUGUGAACAUGUUCUAUGACAGCAGUUUCGAAAUGUACAGAUUUGGAAGUAAAGAUCUGUUCAAGAACGAAAACCGGGAAGACUACGAGAUCAAAGUUUUCGUCCAUCUUCUGGGUAGUAGUGGGCCCACCUUGAAUGUGGAUGAGAAUCUAGUGUGUAAGUGGGAAUUGAUGGAAACCCCGGGUGGAAGUGUGGUUCAAGUAGAUCAAGUCACUGUUGUGGUUAAAGGGAGAGAUGAUUGGGGUGCUGAGUCACACACGCACCCUUUCCUGCUCUCUGAAACAUACGACGCUUCCUGGGGGUUCUCUCUGACCCGGAACCCUUCAGCAGAAGGACACCUUGCCUUCUCUCCCGUACCUGGAGGAUCCUUCUACCGUCUCCUUGACCUUGUAGUGCCUCCCCAGACUCUGGGCCACUUUGCUCUACAGCUGGAGUUGAACUCAUUUUCUGGAACUGACCAGAUGGCUGGUCUGUUGGGUAUGGAGGUAGUCCAGGCAGGCAGCUGGAUAUCCAGGGGCUUCAACAGAUCAUACGUGCAAUUGCAGGACGCAAAUACUGCUAUCAAUAUCAUUGGCAACUCGCAGUACAUGGUUAAUCUAGUGUAUGACUUGGGCUUCAUUCAAAACCUUUAUCCAAACAAAGAUAACUUCACUUCAGACGCAAAGACGCAGCCAGAUGCACACAACAUAGUGCAGCUGGCAGUCAUUGUUCACAUUGGUCAAAAUAUGACAGUUGGCGACACUUUCUCACUCAGUGCAAAACUCCUGAACAAAAUCAACAGUGAUUCAGUUGUGGUGAGUUUUGUGGAAACAGUUACUGUGGAGACCCCUUGUGUCACACCCUCCCUCUUCCCAGUCCACACCCACUCCCCGCGGAACUCUUCUAUCGGCCUCGCCCAAUUGGAGAGAGCAUACGCUACACAAGACUACAUCAUUCCUAUUCAGUUGGAGCUGCCGCCGUUUUUCGAGGGGGAACCACAACUAACACUAGUCAGUCCGGUAGAGUCCUCUGGCGCCCAAUUUGUUCUCCGGGGAGUAGAAGUCGACCCCCUUUUCGAAGUGGGGUCGGAACUGUCUGCCACUUUCAAUGAGAGUCUGCAGUUGUCGGAGCAGUUCUACCUGUCGACAGGGUCCCAAUGGAACAGCCAGGAGAACAUCCUCACUUAUCGCAUGGGCAGGGUGUCUGUUCUUGAUCUAAAGGAUCGCAUGGGAGUGUACCACCAUCAGAACGAGAUCUCCUUCUCUCCCUCGAGUAGAGCCAGGACAGUGCAGCUGCUGGUGUUUGUCCAGGUGCAGGAUGAAGUGGACUUCACCCCUGGCCAGCAGUUCUCCCUCAUCUACUCUCUGGAGAGUGGGGGUGCAGUGACCACCAAUCAACACAACUUCCAGGUUGAUUUUCUUCCGGAGCGACGGCCAAUGGUGGAUUUGGAAGUAGAGGUGGCCUAUACUCUGGAUAGAGAGUUUGUUCCAGGAGAUACGAUCCAGUUCACAGCCAAGAUGAGUCACCAGUGUGAGAGCAGUGCACAGGCCACGAACAUUCACACAAUCCUACACCUCCCGGAUGUAGUUCUGAGGAUGGAUAAUAAUAUUACACACUAUACUGGUCAGUUGCCAGUGUUAGACUACACAGCCGGUGACAAAAAAGCGGCAUUCACGCAAUUCUCUCUCUUGUCUAAGUACGCUGCAGAAAGUAUCUCUUUGUUGCUGAGUUUGGCAGGGCUUCCCAGACUCUAA